CAGCAGCACCCAACCCAGGGUGUUCCAUAAAAACCUAUCUCUACUAAAACUGCGUUGAAUAGAACGCGUGUGAUACGGGUUUCCUGUGCCACAUCACGACACCGUCAGCAUCAUUGAUCGCAUCGUGUUUCGCAUACGCGUUCCUGCUUCCAAACCGUCAUCGUCAAUGUACAGCAGCAAGGAUGAAUUGCGAAAUACUGCCGCAGGACAUCCAAUCAUUAUUGGAAUACUUCGCCAAGAACAUGUACCGCGCGAAGGAUUGUGAAAAUGGCAAUGACGUUAUGCACCGGUGUAACGUACUACUCCAGCAGGACUACAGCGUAAUCGAGAUAAGCAACACUACCGGUGAACUAUCCUCGCACUAUCCCAGCACGCUGCUGAUACCGGAGUACGAAUACAAGAACCUCUCCAGCAGCUCAGGCAAUAAUACUCAGGCACCAGCCGGCGGUUCCAACAAUGGUUUCUCCAGCAUUAACGAUUUUCUCACCCGUUCGGGACCGCCGACCGCUCAGGCACAUCAAGCGUCUCACCAGCAGCAACCACCACCGUCUGCACCAUCCGCCGGUCCGGGACAGCAAACCAUCUACGAAACGACGUACGAUGGUAACAAGCUGCGCGAUCUUAUUAACAAAGCCCGGUUCGCCCGCUGCCGGGCACGGUUUCCGUUGCCGGUCAUACUGUACAAGGGCAAGUACAUUUGCCGUUCGGCCACGUUGUCCGGAGGACCGGAGAUUUAUGGACGGUCCGGAUUGGAUUACCUCUUCUAUAGCCUAGAUUCAACAGCUACCUCACCGACGCUCGAUGAGGAAGCAUACGAAGCCCGCGAAACUUCACUGCCCGAAGACACGUUCGAAGAACCAAUCACGAACAGCGACUGGCAGCUGUUCGAUCGGGUUCGCAGCCAGGAUAUUAAGCUGCUCAAGACGCUAAACGUCGGCACGAUAGUGGACUUCAUGGUCGAGAAGAAGAAGGUAAAGUUCGGCAUGAACGUCACGUCCUCGGAGAAGGUGGACAAGGAGAAUCGGUACGCCGAGUUUAAGAUUAUCUCGCUACCGUACCCGGGAUGCGAAUUUUUCCGCGACUAUCGUGACAAUAACUAUUCUGGCGAAGGGCUCGUUUUCGACUGGUCGCAGGCGCACGUUGAUGCCAAUAUCGGCGUACCGGACGAUACGGUAACGGCACAGCUGCAGAUCGAUUGGGAAAACUACAAGGAUUGGGAUCUGGUAAAGAUAACGCAAAACUAUCUGAAGCUUCUGCUGCGCUAUCUGCAGGAUAGCAGCUCGGGAUUGCUGAUACACUGCAUCAGCGGUUGGGAUCGGACACCACUGUUUGUGUCGCUGUUGCGUCUGUCACUGUGGGCCGACGGUGCCAUCCAUCAGUCGCUGAGUGCGGCACAAAUCCUUUACUUUACAAUCGCGUACGAUUGGUUGCUGUUCGGACACAAUCUGCCCGAUCGUUUGAACAAAGGCGAGGUGAUAUUUUUCUUUUGCUUCUACGCUUUAAAGUAUAUCGCCGAGGAUGAGUAUAGCAUUUUGGGACAGCGUUAUAAAAGCAAACACAGCAGCGGCAGUAGCAGUAUAGGUGUGAUACGAACCGAUAGUGAAUCCAUGCUGGACGGUAUACUGCUUGAUGGGGAAAGUAGAGGCUCCAGUGUUUCCCUCAACUCCACUUGCAGUUGUCUGAGUGGUCGAAGCUCGUCCCAGCAUGAUACGCAAACGUGCAUCAGUGUCGGUGCGAACGGAUCAGUCAAUACGCCCGGCAGCGGUGGUGGGAUUAAUGUAACGAUCGGUGGUUCCAGCAUCCAUCAUCAUGCUACGAGCGGUAGCCGUCCGAUUGUCGGUGUUCGCAACUCUCAUGACGACAGUUUGAAUGCAAGCAAUGGCAAUGGCUGGUUAGCGCAUAGUCACGAUAGUAAUAGCAGUAUUGGAUGCAUAUCGAACGAUAGUACUACUAAUCUCAGUAAUCAUUGCGCUUGGUCACCGCAACCGAAAAGAACUAGUCCCGUCUCGGUGCCGGUGGCGAGCAGAUUAAGACAGCGUCAGGAGUCUACGUCCUCGUUGUCGGUGGGUAGUUGGCAGAUGAUUUCUGGAACCGGAAGCCUUCGUAGUACAGACUCGGCAACGGAACUACAUCAUGCAGCGCCAAACAACCAGCACCACCAACAUCAUCAUCAUCAUCAUCACUAUCACCACCACCACAAUCAUCAACAGCAACAACACCAGCCACAGUUCCACCAUGUAUAUAGUAAUGUUUAUGGUAACAAUCAUGUCGGAUGUAGUGGAACAACGGGAGACACGACCGCGACAACGCCUAAUGCUAAUCAGCAUCAUCAUCACGGCUCGGGACAUGCUCCUCCCUGUGCUGGCCCCCAUUUGCAUCAACAGCAACAAUCGCAGGACUCCAGCUGUUGCACGAUUCUGGACGAUGAAUGUUUCAGCUCGUCCUACAGUCACGAUUUCUACGCCAUGCGUCGUGAACGAUUGAAUCAAGUGCGAACAUUAUUCUACAACUGCUACUACUCGACAAUCGCAUUCAAAUUCAAAUCGGUACCGGACUCGGCGCUCGGUAGUCUGCUAGGGAACUUUGCAGAAAAGGUUGGACUAGCCCACCGGACUUCAGUUUAAAGAGAGGUUUCGUACCAAGCGGUUCGGUUCCAUAUGAAUGGCGGUUUAUAAUGUACCAGUGGCAGAUCAAGGACCUCCCUCGUUAGGAUCAUACCGCUGCAUUCGCGCUGCCCGCCUCCCUAAAUGCAUAUAGUCCCGUAUAGUAGUUAGGUCAGGAUCGUGUGUUUGCGUGUGUGUAUACAUUGGGUAAGAAAGCGAAGAAAAGCUGAGUGUCUUCCACACGCACGCACCCAUACACACUUUGUUGGAAUUGAUUUGUUUUAAAAAUGUCUUCUUUUUUGUUAAACCUUUUCCGUUUAGAUUUUGUAUCGAUAAUCUUCGUUAAGCAAAAGCAAGUGUGUAACUCAGGUGAAGUGUUUGCACCCUGUUUAAUCUACCAGAGUCGGGAGAAAUGAAAGUUGUGGUUUUGUUCUAAUAAAGCGCAAA